GUAUGAGAGAGAGAAAGGAGGGGGGGGGGGGGCAGAGGAGGAGGAGGGAUGGGAGGACGGGACGUCGGCCGCACAAGGCGUCGUCGGGCAGUGAUGGUCGCUGUGAGGCCAGCGUUCGGUCCAGCGCUCGCCGCCAGCGGAGCACCUCCCGGCCACCAGGAACCAUCUCUCGGGAAGGGAUGCUGACGGCGCUGAAGCCGCUUCUCCGCAAUGGCCGACCAAGACAACGAGAGCAACGAGCCGGCGGGGCGGCGGCAGGGGUCCGGGUGGCGGUGGAUGAUCGCCUUCUCGUGCGCAUGGAUGAACUUCUUCCACCGGGGCCUGAUCCGCUCCAUGGCCGUCGUGUACGUGCAGCUCAUCCAGACGUUCGGCAUCACGCGCGAAGAGGCCGCCCUGCCGCUCAGUCUCGUCUCGGUCAUCGCUGGAUGCUCCGGUCUGUCGGUGGGUGUCCUGAUGCACUACCUCAACGACCGGAUCCUGGUGGUGAUCGCAACCCUGAUCUCUGCCACGGGACUCGUGCUCUGCUACACGGCCACUAACAUGACGCAGAUCAACUUCUACUACAGCAUUAGCCAAGGACUUGGCACGGGCUUGGUGUUCACAUUGACAGCCGUUAUCCUGAACAACGUAUUCAAGAAGAAUCGUGCAACCGCCUCAGGCAUCAACCUCUCUGGACCGACACUGGUGGCGCUGGUGUUCCCAGUAUUGUUCCAGUACUGUUCCCGCAAAUACGGGCUCCGAGGCGCCUUCCUCAUCGCCAGCGGGUUCACCCUGAACGCCCUCCCUGCAGCUUUCCUGCUGAGUAGCAAGAUUCGCAAGCCGAUUGAACCGGUCAAAGAGGUGGAGCCCGAGAUCAUCAAAAACCCUCGUUACGAUUGCGAGAUUAACAUGACCGGGAGCACCUUCACUCUGGCCGACGUGUCUGGUAGCACAUCCGACAUUCCAAGCAAAGUUCUGGCACGAACGGCCGCGAGAAAUCUGUGCCAAGGGGCCAAAGGUGUGACCGUUGAGAAAGAGAAGCUGCUUGAGCAGAAAUCUGCUGAGGAUCGACAGUGCUCGCUUGCGCUGAACGGCAACAAUAAUGUGGAGGUGCUCGAGGGCGACGCUUCAGCAAAGAAUUUGGCAAAAAACCUCCGUCAGGUUUCUAAGGGUAUGCAAGCAGAGAAAGAAAAGUAUUGCGAACACCGCAAGUCGGGCGAUAUCAAAUCCCUUCUGGCAAGCAACACUGCCGCUGUCAAUGAGACUGCCCAGCCAUUUAUUGUUUCCAAAAGCAAAAACAUCCGGGCGAAAGAACCCCUAGCUGAGAAAGAAAAACUUCUAGAUCAUUCAGCGUCAGAAGAUAGGAAGGGGAAGGCUAUAGUAGUCAUCGCCAACGGAACCACCCGACCCAAGUCCCAAGAGAUUCCAAUCGACUACCCUGAUACUUUCAACUCAGCUGAGCGUGCUUCGAGCAUUCCAAUUGUCAAGGGCAACCUCCCCAAGAUGAAUGACAAGCUGUCCAAAGUAUGCGGUGCCAUGACCAUGUUUAAGGACAUGUUCUCUUCACCGUACUUCCUCCUGGUCACCUUGUCACAGGUGUCUCACGUGUUCAAUCACAGCACCUUCAUCACCAUCAUAAUAGACUAUGCCAAAGACCAUGGCAUCGACCCGGAGCAAGGAAUCUACAUCCUUUUGGCAAACUCUGGCGGCGAUCUCGUCGGUCGUUUGGGGCUCGGCUGGAUUUCUGACAAGAAGCUGAUCGAACGCAGGAACAUGAUGCUUCUCAACUAUCUCUUCACGGGUAUCUUGAUGCAUUUGGCACCCUACUGUAACAGCUACAGCUUGCUGACGGCUCUGGCGGUCACCAUGGCUCUCUGCGGCGGAAGCACCAUUACGCUGUUCUCAGUCCUGUUCCUCGAGUACCUGGGCAUUCGUCUCAUGCCGCUCGCUUAUGGCUUGAGCAACUUCAUCACAGGCAACGCCAACUUCUUUAGGCCCAAAAUAAUAGGCUACUACCGAGACGCCCAUGGCAAGUACGAUGACCUGUUUCGACUCUUGGGAAGCUUCCAGCUGUUCGUGUCCUUCCUCUGGCUCUUGGCGUGCAUCUUCGAGAAGUACAAGGCAAAGAAGAUGGCGGCACCGCCUACACCCAAAGAAGACGCAGUCUGAAAUUCGCUUCUGGCGGAAACGUAAUGUCUACUAGCCAAGCAGACACACAAAGAGUCCAGAAUCUCGCUAUACCCGUACAAAACACCGACUGCACUCUGAAGAAGCAGCCUGGCUUUGCGACCGCCAACUGAGUUUGGUCGUUUGAAGGAAAGCCUAAAGUAUACCAGUGUCUUGAUGGCGGUUCACAACCCAUUGAAGGUCCAUUGGUUGUUGGAAACCUAGGUUUUGUAGUAGCGCGAUGUUGAAGCGCAGGUUUCCUCGAACUCAACAAUAAAGCUUUUAGCAGCCGUUGUGAUAUAAUUGUAAGUCCGGAAGGGGGCGUCAAUUUUGAAUGUUCUGUCAACGCCGAUGGUUCUGCGUGGUCCCAUAAAACACCAUCGUCGCAUACAGGAAAACAAUUCAUGGAAGACCUUAUCGAGCACCACGGCUCGCGACCACCCGGGUCACGUGAGCAGCGUCACAACUAGAAGAUUGCUACGAUCGAAAGCAAGCAUUUCAGUGUUGCACUAAUGUGAACGACAAAGUGUUAGGUAUUCAAUUUCCAGGGGUGAAAGUGUCAAGAACUGUACUGCUGCGCGUUGGUCAACUCUGUUUGGGCCUAAUAUGUGUCUCAUGCUCACUACUGGAAGCUGGGGUAGUAAAUAACAAAUAGCCGCGAAAGCCGUAUUUAUGUCUAUUUUUCAAAUGACACAUUUAAGAGUUGUGCCAGUGUACGUUGUGGUUUGUGCCCACAUAUGGGCUUCAGGCAUGCCUCAGCGAAGGAGACGAGGCGCUGCAGCGCUUUCUUUGUGUGAGCGUACCAUUCGAUACGCUACUAGGGGACGCUAUUCCAGUGCGUGGAUCGCGCCCUAUUUGUGUGGUUGUAGCAUAGUUUGGAGACGGUUUGACAGGAAGAGUUGCAAACUGCGCAAGCAAACAGGCAUCAGCAACAAUAUGAUAAACAGAUAGACAAGAUAUAAGACUCUACGUCGGUUAUUAACUCGCAACGGCCUUCUCUUCUGGCAAGGUGUCCAAGAAGUUCGUGGUUCCGUUACUUUGCUACAUUCUCGUAGUCCACGUACAUUCUGCGAAUGUCAUUCGUCACUUUUAUUUCGCCGUCGGUGUUGCAGAGUUUGCAAGCCUUGUUAGUCAAGACAGUGUGCGCAACCACUACCGCGCUUUCUUGAACAAUAAAAAUGUUUAACUGUUUUUUGUAAA